AUGUCUGCUGUAGUAUAUCCAAGUAUCAUUGAUGGGAAAGAUACCCAUCACCCAGCCGAAAAAAUCCCCGUGAGUAGUCAUACCAAUCCAGAUGACAUUUUGCACUUUUUUUCGCAAUUACAAGUAAACGACUCUAAUAUUUCUACAUUGGCUAAUAAUGCAAAAGAGGGUUUCAAGGAGUGGUCAGCUCUUUCCUUUCAGGAAAAAGCAAAGAUUUUCAGAAAGGCUAUGGACCUCAUAAAGGAAAGAAAAAACGAGUUUGUUGACUCUCAUUUGGAAAUUGGUGGUCCAGGUUGGUUCGCUGGAUUUAAUGUUGAUGGUGCUUUAGGUCAGAUUGAGGAAUACGCAGCCCAGUUAUCAAGACCUAGUGGACAAGUUGUCCAAGCUGCACAUGUCGAUUUGGCAAUGACUAUAAAGACACCCAUUGGUCCCGUUUUAUCAGUAUCUCCAUGGAACGCUCCUGUUAUUUUGGGAACUAGAAGUAUUGUUGCACCUUUGGCUGCUGGCUGUUCAGUUAUCUUCAAAACGAGCGAAAAGUCUCCAAGACCUUCAUAUUUGUUGGUUAAAUGUUUCUUGGAGGCUGGUGUUCCACCAAAAGCUUUACAGUUGGUUCACGUUGCUCCUCAGGAUAAUCCUAAAUUCUUUGAAGGCAUUUUCGCUUCUGGAGCUAUCAAAAAGGUUAAUUUUACCGGUUCAACAUUUGUUGGUAAGAUUAUUGCUCAGCAAUGUGCAAAAUACCUUAUUCCUUACCUUUUGGAGUUGGGAGGUAAAAAUGUUUCAAUUGUUUUGGAUGACGCUAAUUUGGACAAGGCUGCGGAAAAGAUUUUGUUUGCAGCUUGGGCUCAUAAAGGCCAAAUUUGUAUGAGCACUGAUAAGGUAUUUGUUGCUGAAUCCAUUUAUGAAAAGUUUUCCACAGCUUUGAAGAAUGUUGCUGCAGAGUUUGUCAAAGAUAAGGAUCACGAGAUAAGUCAAAGAGAUCCUGUUGGAAGAGAUAAGGUUAUUGAAUUGGUUAAAGAUGCAUUGGCCAAGGGUGCCCAUUUGCUCGUUGGUGACUUUAACGAAGCUGAGAUUUCGAAAACAAAUAUUAUACCUCCAAUGAUUUUGGAAAAUGUCACAGCGGAUAUGAAAAUCAACACUGUAGAAACAUUUGGACCUGUUUUCACCUUGCAUAAAUAUAAAGAUAUCAAUAAUGUUAUUGACGAAGUCAAUAAUCAUGACUUUGGAUUGAAAGCUGCUGUUUGGUCAGAGAACACGAUGAAAGCAUUGAAUGUGGCAAAGAAGAUGGAAAUUGGUGGUGUCCAUAUAAAUGCCUCAACUAUACAUGACGAUCCAGUCGUUCCCCAUGGUGGAGUUAAAUCAAGUGGUUGUGGAAGAUUCAAUAGUCAAUGGGGUAUGGAUGAGUUUAUGAUUAUCAAAACGAUAACAAUCAAUGAGUAA